AUGUACCUUUAUGGAACAUAUCGAGCAGAAGAAUUGGGUGAUCUGCCAACUUGUGGCGUUUUCAGCGUCAGUGACAAGCCCGAAGAUGAUGGCGGUGAACCAGUUGGCCAUUCAUGCCUCACGGGUGUCACACGAUAUGUUACACUAGACCAUCAGGAAACCGUCAGGGAGGUUGAGUAA